AUGUUCUUCUCCAAGGCCAUCGCCGUUUGCGUCAUUGCCGCCAGCACCCUUGUCAGCGCCUCUCCUGCGCCAGUCAUCACCCCAAAGCCGUGCUACACCAGGACUCUCUCCUACAGGGCCGCCUUCUGCCCUGCCACCUACACUCCACCAUGUGAUGGCCCUUGCUUUGUUGCAGUUACCACCUCCAUUCCUUGCCACGACAAGAGAUGCCCAACCACCAAGACUGUCAGCGUCAACUACGGUUGCCCGACUUGCACUUCGGUUUGCCCAACCGUCACCAAGUCUUGCAGCGCUUCUGCCACUCUCGGCCCUACCCUGACCGCUUCUUAA